AUGUCCACAACCAGAACAUCGGUUCUUGUCCUCGGUGCUUCCGGGCGCACAGGAAGAUUACUAGUCAGCGAGGCGCUCAACAGAAGCAUCGAGGUCACUGUCCUGGUCCGCAAAGCCGCCUCAUUCGAGCAAACGCAAGGUCUCACCAUCGUCGAAGGCACGCCUUUAGAGCUCAGUGACCUGCGACGCGCUGCUAAGGCAGCUCAAAGCCCCAUCUCAGCUAUUGUCUCAACCCUCGGCCAGACACGAAAGUCUGGCAGUCCCUGGGCCGCGCCAACUUCGCCGCCCCGGUUUAUGGCGGACGCUACAGUCCACGCAGUUACCGUAGCCAAGGAGAACAGCAUUCCGAAGAUUGUUGUGAUGUCUCUGUUUGGAGUGGGAGAGUCGUUCAAGAACAACAACUUCUUAAUGCGCUGGAUUUUCAACAAUUCGGCCAUGGAUCAGACAAUUGCGGAUGGCAAUGCUGUGGAUGGGGUGGUGAAGACUAGUGGCUUGAGGUUCGUUCUGGUUAGGUCGUGCGCUCUGAUGGGAGACAAAGUCACGGCUGUGAAGGAGUUGGGUGAUGAAGGCGAGCUGGCCGGAUUCAUGCCCUCGAUAUCUGCACCGACUGUGGCAAGGUUUCUCCUUGAUGCCGUCGAAAGCAGCGAGUGGGAUGGGCGGACUCCGGUGAUCUCAGCGUGA